GCAAUGGAGAAUGGACUGUUGACUUUUCAAAGCGUACUACUGAUGUGAUCAAUAUCGUGGAAUGAAUUCCACGCAUUGCCUCCUCCCGGUGUCGCUGUGUGAAGGAUGCACGAGCAAUGUCUGAUGUUGAGGCCACGUAUGCAGACUUCAUCGCCUCUGGCAGGACGGGACGCAGGAACGCCAUGCACGACAUCCUGCAGAGUCCCACCGACCCCGAGGGACGAGGGCUGCCCCUCACCCUGUCUCUGUCCCAGCUGCACAUCAACGCGGGAGGGGGAGACGGAGACGACACAGAGGACAGCCAGAGCUCUUCCUCUUCGGCCCACAGGGAGAUGGGACAGAGGAACAGCUAACCAGCCACACACCCACACCAGCGGACGGAGAGCCGCGGGACGGAUUCCAGCCCCGGUUGUGAUGGAAGUCCGCAGCGGGCUGGUAGCCGGAGGGUAGCACC